UCCCUGCGUAAUUCUGGAGCCUGCGACACUCUCUCAGUCACACUAUCCUCUGCGAUGGCCUGGGCACGAAUGCUUCUUCUCUCCCUACUGGCUGGGGUCCUGCUUCUCAACUUCUUCGGAGAGACUCAGGGUGCAGCUGUGAGGGAUGACAACCACGAUGACAAAGACAACAAAACGUCUAAAGGGCCUUUGAGCCGAGUGUUUAUGGAGGCGUCAGACGCAUCCCAUUUCCUCAAGCGCCGGAGUCGACGCUCCCCAAAAUCCUACGGCGAGAUGCUGGCGGAGGCCCGGGUGCAGAGGGCCACGAGCGAGCGCAGGAGGGAGUACUACGAGGAGCAGAGGGACGAGCGCGAGAACUACGCAGAGGAGCAGCGCGAUGAACAAAACGAGAGGACCUCGGAGACGUACGAGCAGUACCGCGAGUACAGUUACGAUGGCAUGUACCCACGAUACCCGCACCACCGCCCUCCCCACUGAGCAUGCUCAGUAACCAAGGAAACAGACAGGAGAGCCACAGCUGCUCAGAGGGCUCGGCCUUCUGUGAAUGGCGGUCUUGAUGUCACUCAACGAUGUCUCUGAAUGGAUAUUUACUAAGCUAAUGAUUUAAGGGGCAAUUACUUUAAGAAUGGGAGCACAGUUUUAAGCAAAUGAAGUUGCUGCUUCAUACCAAAGACAGCUCCCAUCCAUGUUUAAAGACAUAUCAAAUUUGUUAAAAUGUAAUGGUUUAGUUUGUUUGUGUGAUACGGUCUUACAAUAACUUGUAUUAAUCAUUUUAAAGUUAAAGUUUUAUUUCCCGUUAUAAUAUCUAAUGUUACCUAAAUCCUAAUGAAACAGUAUUAAUAUUGACCAGUAGUCACCCUGUGCAUGGACUCCAUACCAGAUUCCGUAUAGUGAAAUAUCUUCGCACUAUUCUGAUUACUGGUUAGGGAUUUCACUGGUAAGAUAUUUGCUUAACUGUAUUCUGUGUUUAGAAAUAAAAUGGUGCUAUUAUUAACAA